GCGGCGGGCGGCGCUGAGCCCUGUCACGGCAGCAGAAGGAGAAGGAGAACGGGGAGGAAGAGGAUGAGGCGCACGGCGCCACGCGGCGCUUUGCGGAAGAUCAUAAAGAAGCACAAGCCUCACUUACGGCUGGCGGCCAACACCGACUUGCUGGUACAUUUGAGCUUCUUGUUGUUUCUCCAUCGGUUAGCAGAAGAAGCCAGGACAAAUGCUUUUGAGAACAAAAGUAAAGUAAUUAAACCUGAGCAUACUAUAGCUGCAGCAAAGGUUAUUUUAAAGAAAAGCAGAGGAUAGAGGAGAAAAAAAAAAAAAGAAAUGCAGAGCCUAGUAAACAGCAGUGGAAUUUCCAGACGUUUUUCUGUGUUUUCUUACUAACUUGAGAUUCUGCGAGCCAACUUUGCACCUGUGAAAGCAUUUAGUCUUAUUUAUGUCCAUCUCCUGACUCUUGCUUCUGCUUUUGAAAAAUACAUACAUGCACACACACUAUAAUGUUUUCAUACACUUGAUAAAAAUUUUUAGAAUGUAUCAUUUACAGACAUAACGAUUAGUGUAAUUUAAGAUUUGUUGUACUUAAUUUCUCCCAUAAUAAUGGAAGGAUCCCUACUGUGCACAUUCUUCAAGUACGUGUAAUUUAUCAUUAGCAGUGUGAAACUUUUAAAGAGGAACAGCAGUAAGGAUACAAUUUUCACUAAUUCCAUUAUACAAAUUCAGAGUAUAUUUACUAGAUAGGCAAAAUCUGGGCUUUCAAAAUAAGUGUUGUAGAAGCUAGUAUAUUAAAUACCUUGGCUUUGAUCUGUUUAUAAAUGUCUGAAUGGUUUUAAAUGACUGAAAAGUAGAUUAACACUUCCAUGUUGUGGAGUAAGAAUACAUCUUUAUGUUUAGAAAUCAUGCUCUGAACUGUUAAUCUAGUCUGUUGUUUGAUGUGGUCUAUGGGACAAGUUGGUGGCCUCUAAUUCAGUUGGUGUGAACAGCCACAUGUUGGAAGCAGGGAGGAAUAUCAGACGUAGCUGAUGUUUUGAAGUUAUCUUCACUUUUGUACAGGGUCUAAGUUGGCAUGAUUCUUGAACUACUUCUUUUACCACUUUUGGAAUGUCAUUCUGACUUGUCAGAACUCUGGAAAUGUAUGUUACAUAAAAUCUUGAAUUAAAAUCUGUCUUUAAAUACUUUUAAUACUUUAAUACUUUUAAAAAUCUUUUAAUAAAGUUAUAAUUGGAUCUAUCUGCUUGAGUUGAUAUUACUGUUUUAUGGAAUCUAUAGUAGAUAAUCUGCAUGG